UCCCGGGCUGGGGGCGUGGCCUCGCUGCCCCGCGCUCCGCCAUGGCGGCCCCCGAGCCGCCGCCGGCCGAGGGCUGCAGGCCGCUGGGCGCGCUGCUGGCCGGCAUCGCCCAGGCCGCCUACCACGGCAACGCGGCCGUCACGGAGGAGCUGCUGCGGCAGCAGCUCUACCCCGAGGCGGCGCCGGAGGAGUUCCGCGCCCUGCGCGCCAAGAUGGGCGGCCUCCUGCAGUCGAUUGCUUCAGCAGACAUGGAUUUGAAUCAACUUGAGGCUUUUCUCACUGCCCAAACCAAAAAACAAGGUGGCAUCACAUCAGAUCAAGCUGCAGUCAUUGCAAAAUUUUGGAAGAACCACCGACUAAAGAUUCAUGAGAGCCUGAUCAACCAAAGCCGUUGGGAUAAUGUCUUGAAAAACAUGAGCUGGCGAGUGGAUCUGAAAUCACAGUCAAGACACGUUGAUCAGAUAAACACUCCUGUUGCGAUAGUUGAGAUGGAACUGGGAAAAAAUGGGCAGGUUUUGUAGCACAUCAAACAAACACAUGCUGGUACCUUUCUGACACUAAACGGCGAGAACGUGUUUUCUAAAAGGUUGUCAGUCGUAGAUGUGAUUUGGCGAAUACUGAAGAUCUGGAUAUGCAGAAUAAAGCUGGCUGAUGAUUCAGGAGUAAAUUAUUCAGAACAGACUGUUUUCAUUUGGACACUUGAUAACAGGGGAGUAUACAAAUGCAUUGAUGUGUAACGAAUUGACAUUAAUAUUUCAUACGUUUCAACAGAAGCAAAGAAAUUCUCUGCAGAAAAUGUACCUUUCCAGAAUUUAAAGUUGCUCUGGUUCUUCUCUGGGUCUCUAGACUGGAUUUAGAUGUCUGCGCCGCAGAAGACCAGACAGGGUGGUGGAGUUUCUGCUGCCUGUGCUUCAAUAAGUAACCUUGCUUUCUGCUUGUUAUCUCUGAAUUUUAAUCACUAAAAUCUUUCGUGAUGGAAAGACUGUAUAAGACCUAAUAUGCCUAGAAAUGGGGAAUUUGAAGUGACUGCUUCAUAAGUGCUAGCAUGUUUACAUGAAUUUUGUCAAAUUUCAAUUAUGUUUUUUGAUGUGAGAGAUAUUUCUGGCUUUGAGAAUCCAUUACAGCUUGCAUGCAUUAAUUCUUACUGUCCUCGGCAUUACUGAUAAUGGAAAAAAAUGAACCCUUUUCUCUUAAGUGCUCUUAAAAACACUUCUAAUGAGAAACAUUAAGAAAUACUGGUGCUCCAAACUUUGGAAAGUUUCGUUCAGGAUCUGUAACUUGCAGUUUGAACGCUUGUUCUUCAGUAAAGAUCUUACAGCAACAUUUGGAGUUCCCUUUAUGCUGGUUUUUAUAGUCUUUAUACAUCCUGGUUAAAGGGAGAUGACCAUGCCAGCCAUGAAGUACUGUGCUUUGAAAACCCAUUUUCUUGAACAAUAUGACUAAAAAUAAAAUCCUAAAGCAGUUGCACUUUAACCUACAUUUGCCUUCAUCUGUUUGUGGUAUUCAGUGCUCAACACUGCCAGUUCAUUCUUUCCUUCUGAACAGCCCAUCUUUCCUUUUGCACAAUGGUUUGCUCCUCCUGUAUCUCUGUACCUUGCUGGCAUUACCUUAAAAUAUCUGUAGCUCCCUGCCCCCUUCUUUAUGUCCUUUUAAAUCUUGUUCUCACUCUCUGAGCAUCACUGUAAAGCUGUUUUGACAUGAAAUUUCAACCGGACACGAAGCUGCUGGGAGGGACAGGAGUGAGCUGGAGAGUCGCCCUUCUCAUGCCCUUCCUGCCCCGCUGCGUCAACAUUGCUCCCUAUGGCAAAGGGUCGCUGCUGCGCAACGUUAGGUUACCUGCAGCUUUCAGUCACACGUUUAUAUCUGACCUUGUCGUUAAUAGAAAAUAAAUGCGUUGAUUUUGCACUCUGGCUUGGCA